AUGGUUAAACUUCUUAUGCUUCUGUUACUCUUCUUUGUCACAAAGACUAUUUGUAGCUUUGGCAAUAGAGAUAAUGAUAUCCUUUGCAAUGAAAGCGAGAGAGAUACUCUUUUGAGAUUCAAAGAAGGCCUCGAAGAUCCUUCUAACCGUCUCUCGUCUUGGGUUCUUGAAGUAGAUUGUUGUGAAUGGGAAGGCGUCACUUGUGACAACUUAACGGGUCAUGUCAAAGAGCUCAAACUCGCAAAUCCUCAAGAUGAUGCUGGAAACUUCAAGUUAAGGGGAAAGAUAAGUGACUCCAUCCUAAGUUUGAACGAUCCUUCAUCUUUUGGACAGAAUUUGUAUAGCGAAAGUCUUCGAUGGCUUCAACGUCUCCGUUCGUUGUCGAGCCUGGAUUUGAGUUAUGCAGACCUCAGCAAGGUGUCUAAUUGGUUGCUGGAGAUCAAUAAGCUUCCUUCUCUAGUGGAACUACGCUUGUCUAGGUGUAAACUGAAUCAUAUUACUCCUUUAAGCCAUGUUAACUUCAGUUCUCUCUCUGUUCUUGACAUCUCAUCUAACUAUUUCAAUGGAUUCAUACCCAACUGGAUAUCAAACCUUGGUAGCCUUGUUUCACUUGAUCUUAGAGGUGGUUAUUUCCAAGGACCGCUUCCCGAAGGUUUUUCGAACUUGACAUCCCUCGAAAACCUUAAUGUAGCAUAUAAUUAUUUGAAUUCUUCACUGCCAAAAUGGUUGUUUAGUCUUACAAGCAUCUCUUCCUUAGACUUGCAUGGUAAUGACUUUCAAGGUCCAAUUCCAUGUGGUUUUCAAAACUCAUCAGCUGUUACAUAUCUUGAUCUUUCAGACAUUAGUUUCAACUCCACCAUGCCUAAUAGCUUACGAGGAGAGAUCUCAAAUGACACUUCCAACCUUACGAAUUUAGUUUCUAUCGACCUUUCAGAAAAUGCAUUUGAAGGAAAUAUUCCAAGAUGAAUAGGAACUCUUUGCAAGUUGACUCGAAUUUCUCUAUUGGAAAAUAAACUUGCUCAAAGCCUACCAGAAUUCCUUGAAAGCUUUUCUGGUUGCCUUGUGGGUAGUUUGAUUUCUUUGGAUUUGGGGGCAAAUAAUAUUUUUGGUCAUUUUACAAAUCAUA